AGUGAUUGCAGCUGCUUAGGGGCAGGGCUUGCCCCAGCGCUGAGUGGUGGUGGCACCGGCGUGGUUUGCGUCGGGGUUGCCUGAGCUUGGGGAGACCCGUUGGCCUGGGAGCGGCUCUUGGCGGGCAACCCUUUCCAUCCGUGGACGCGGGACAUCCUGAGUGCUCCAAGGGGUUUUUGCCCUUGAGGAGACUUGGGCUUUCUAGGCGGCAGGUGACAGGGCCGGGGAAAGAUGGAGCAGCCCGGGGCGGCGGCGUCGGGAGCUGGAGGCGGCGGCGGCGGCGGCGAGGAACCCGGCGUGGGCCGGAGCAACAAGCGAGGCACGGGGAACCGGGCCGCCAACGAAGAGGAGACGAAAAACAAACCCAAAUUGAACAUUCAAAUAAAAACUUUGGCAGAUGAUGUGCGUGACCGAAUUACAAGUUUCAGAAAAUCUGCCGUCAAAAAAGAAAGACUUCUUAUUCAACAUCCUACUGAUUCUCAAGCUGCCAUGGGUGAGGUUCCAACAGCUCAGAUAUUACAUGAUGAACGAUCUCUGAUUUUGUCUGAAAAGGAAGUUCUGGACCUCUUUGAGAAAAUGAUGGAGGAUAUGAACCUUAAUGAAGAAAAGAAGGCUCCUUUGCGAGACAAGGAUUUUACCACAAAGCGUGAGAUGGUUGUCCAGUAUAUUUCUGCUACUGCCAAAUCUAUAGUUGGAAGUAAAGUUAUGGUAAGUACAAGAGAUGUGCUAAAUUUACCAACUUAGCACUAAAUUUUUGUUUUGGGGAUUUGUGACUUUUACUUGCAAGAUUUAAGGUUUGGUGUUUUAUUUGCUGUAUAUUCUUACAAAGUUUAAGGUACAUAUUGAGAUCAAGCAAUUAAAAUUUAGCUAUGUUAAGUGGUUUCUUAUAGUUUUGGAGCAUGUUAAAGAAGUUGUUUUUUCUGUCAUCCAUGCCUUGGGAAUUAUGUUAGAUAACUUGGGUAGAAUUGCGUGUUACAUGUCAGUUUCUCAGGAUGGGAGCAGGGUCCUAAAGCAUCGUCUGUUUUUACACAUUUUUAUUACGAUGUCUUACUUUGAUUUUGGUGUAAAGUAUGUAUUAAUGAAAGAAACCCAUGCAGUACAGUUAGGUAACCUGAAGACCUGGUUUUGUUGGAUGGUAUGUAAUGCUACUGAAUGUUGGGGAGUAAUUUUCCCUUGAGCUUCAGAUAUAUGUAGAUAAGUUGAAAUCAUCAGCUUAACUUCUACUUUAAAGUUCUUUUGGUGCUACCACUUAAAGAUUUUAUACUUAAGGUACUACAUUUUUAAUACACGCCUGUAGCAAGUCAGACAUUGCCUGCAUUGUAAUUCAAAGCUGUUUGUAAUUACUUUUGCUCCUUGUAUCAUUUAUUUGGAGAAUAGAAUUUGAAACAUCUUUAAAGUCACAGAAAAAUGAAGUAUUUAGCAUAGAGAAUGUGUUUAAUAUUUACUUUGCUUUUGAAAAUUCCCUUCUUUUUU